AAUGACCACAAGACCGUGAAACUGAAUCUAAAAUGAACGUGUUCAUUGAACGCUUGUACCUUCAUUGACAAGAUUAGGCGUUUGUUAAUGACAAUAUGCCAGCGCUGGGAUUAGUGUAGUUUUGAUAUUGUUAGUUGUUUCUUUCUCUCUCGGUUAGGAAUAGUUUUAAAGGUGUGUGAAGAUGAACACGGUUUUUGCAGUGACUUUGGUGUUUGUGGGCUGCUGCAGUAAUGUUGUAUUUUUGGAAGUUUUGGUGAGAGAUUUCCCAGGAUGCGGAAACAUUGUAACAUUUGCCCAGUUUGUUUUUAUUGCCCUGGAGGGGUUCAUCUUCGAGACCAAUUUUGGACGCAAGAAACCAUCUAUACCAAUCAGGAAUUAUGUGAUAAUGGUGACAAUGUUCUUUACCGUAAGUGUUAUAAACAACUACGCCCUCAACUUCAACAUCGCAAUGCCACUACAUAUGAUCUUCAGAUCUGGCUCUUUAAUAGCAAACAUGAUACUGGGUAUCAUCAUUUUGAAAAAAAGAUAUUCAUCAAGUAAAUACCUUUCCAUAGUUUUGGUAUCACUAGGCAUCUUUAUCUGUACCAUCAUGUCUGCCAAACAAGUGAGUGCUGAAAAAUCUGUUACACAAGAGGAAGGAGUAUAUGUAUUCUUGCAUUGGCUUUUGGGUAUUGGCAUGCUGACCUUUGCACUGGUAAUGUCUGCUUUAAUGGGAAUUUUCCAAGAAACACUGUACAAGAAGUAUGGCAAGCACUCAAAGGAGGCUCUCUUCUAUAAUCACUGUCUGCCAUUGCCAGGGUUCCUGCUGCUUGCAACUGACAUCUAUAACCACGCGGUACUCUUCAGUAAGACCACUCCUGUGGAAAUCCCUGUGAUUGGUGCAACUGUACCAGUUAUGUGGUUGCAUUUAGCGAUGAAUGUCAUCACCCAAUACAUAUGCAUUCGGGGUGUAUUCAUUUUAACCACUGAGUGUACCUCUCUUACUGUUACACUAGUUGUAACUCUACGGAAAUUUUUGAGCCUCAUUAUUUCUAUACUGUACUUCCAAAACCCAUUUACAACCUGGCACUGGGUUGGCACAGCGGUGGUCUUCUUGGGGACGCUGAUCUAUACUGAGGUGUGGUCCAGCAUUCGCAUGGCUAUGAAAGGAGAGACACCGGGCAAAAAGGCAGAGUAAAAAUGAUGACAACAACAGAAUACCUCUGUGUGUGUGUUUGCACACAUGUGAAAACAAGCCUAUGGACAUUUUUGCAUAGCAGAAUCCUCUGCUAGGUUCUUUGUAUGUUUAAAAAUUUCCCCAGAUUUAUUUUCGGGUUCAAAUCCACUCCAUUAUUAGUUUUAUUAUCGGAAUUAUGCAGUAAUAAGGCUGCACUAUAGCAGUAUGUUGAUUAAAGUAAAUCCACAUCCUUGACUCGAGACAAAAGAUCUCUUAUAAAUUGCAUUGAGUGCUAUUCAAUUACUGAUUGUUUUCAGCUGACAUGGAAUUGUGCAUAGUAGAAGUGCCAAGCAUGAAAAUUAGUCCAGUUUAGAGAUUAAACUUUUAGAUCAGAAAUGUGUAAUAGGGACUUUUAGAUGGCUGACAUGUACUGUAGACCUUUGUAUUUCUGUUUUUUUUUUUUAACUUGUGUCUCCACAAGUGUCCAGGUGUCUCAGUUGAUGCACUGCCUCACAUCCAUCAUGUUGUUAAACACAUGUAACUAUUUUCCUGUUACAGUAAUAAAAUUAGCCUGGGUUUACUAAUA